UUCUUACCCCCACAGCUUCGGCCAAUGAGAUGGAAGUCUACCUCCGUACCCCGUGGACCACAGCCAUAAGCACCUUCCCAAAAUAACCGCGGCCGUCAGUGGAGUGACGCGAAGUCACGGUAUCGGCGGCAGAGCCUAAGCCUCCAGCUCGCCAGAGUUUCAUGAGCGCUGGCCACGAUUGUGCGCAGGGCUGAUCUGAAAGUGUAGAAGCCUAAACAAGAGGUGAAGUUUACGCUUCGGUGACCGUCAAGUUUUUUGUUUGACGAGCAGUCGGACAGCUGGAUCCACAAGGGUGCAGGACGUUGAUCCACCGCUUGGCAAUACUGAGACGACAUCAGUAUGCAAGAAGGAAACACAAACCCAGGAAUCCCAGGGCAUUCACCUGGGACGCAGCAGUGGGAACGGCAUCAGAGCGACGCCCAAGGCCACACGGGAGACCAGGAAUUCUUCCCAGACCUGUCGGCGUUCCUGAGCCAAGACGAGCUCAACAAGAGCGUUGACCUCGCCCGGGAGGCCAUCGGUUGCCCCUCAGCUGAAGAUGUGCUCGGCUCCACGAGCAGACCAAAUGCAGCAUGCCAGGCCAUACUGGGUCCCAGAGAAUCUUUGCCAAGACAGGACCUCCAAAACAUGGAUAGGGUCCUCCAACAGAAUGAAGCCCAAGAACCCGAGAGAACACUCAACAGCUGCCAGCCUGUCACGAGCGACGACGAAUCCCCCAGUCGAGCUCAGCAGAGGCAAAGCGGGUCGAUAGACACAAGUUGCAGCGCGUAUCGGCCGUCGGCCAUCCGUGGCAGUGAAGGCGCCGGGUUCGGCCAGCAGAAGCAGGGCGUGGGGAAAUCCGUGGGCAGCGAGACAGACUCGAAGCACAACGCGGCAGCGCUGAUCGAAGAACUCUCAUCCCUGUUCAAGUCGGGCCCGCCGCGGAGAGGCGGGCGAAACAGAGGGAGGCGUGCGGGCCGUGGGGGCCACGUCUCGACGGAGGACAUCUGCCAGGCGAUGGAUUGUCCGAAGCAGGGGCCCACGGCUCCUGCGCCCGUCGAGAGGAUCCGCGUGCAGUCCAAGGAGCAGCUGUUUCAAAUGCGGCAACAGCAGCAGCAGGCGCAGCAGCAGCAGCAGCAAGAGGUGUUGCCACAGCAGCAGGAGGACCAGAACUCAUUGUGUGACUACAUCCAGCAUCAGCAGCAGCAGCAGGAUGUCCACAAGCCAACCGAGCCCACCACCUGUCAAGAAGAUUUCGACGCGAAGCAAGAUUCGAACCACAACGACCACCAGCAGCAGCACCAUCACCACCAACACCAACAUCAAGAGGCGAGUGCUCAGCGCGAGUUUCCCAACCAGCAGCAGCUGGAGAACAGCGUCGAGACAGCGGCGGCGGCGUCAGCGCAGCAGCAGCAGCAGCAGGCGGUCGAGCCGAGGUCUGGGGACGCCGCGACGUCGCCCCUCGCGAGGGAGCCGCCACGCUUCACCACCAAGCUGAAGAGCCGCGAGGUGCCCGAGGGCAGCCGAGUGCAGCUCGACUGCCGGGUCAGCGGCGCGCCCGCCCCGUCCGUCAGGUGGUUUUGCGAGGGGAAGGAGUUGGGGAAUUCUCCAGACAUCCAGAUCUUGCAGAACGCUGAUCUACAGACACUCAUAAUCAGCGAGGCCUUCCAAGAGGACACGGGGCGCUACACCUGCUUGGCCUCCAACGUGGACGGCACCGACAGCACAUCUGCAGAGAUCUACAUUGAGGGUGCCACAUCCUCAGAUUCAGAAGGGGAGGCAAGUGGAGCUUCCCUGGAAGAUGAUUUGGCUCAAGCUCAGAAAUUGAUGUCGGUGUCCCUGACUAUAGCUGCAUCCCCGCAAAACAGUGGCACGACCCAGGUGGAGAUGCAGGCGCAGCCUCCGUUGGCACAACCCAUUACUGCUCCGGUGAUCCCACAGAAAGUGGCCAGCCCAAGUUUUGGGUUACCAGGCUUUGAUGGUCAAUCAGGAGUAAUGGCUGCACCCGUUUUUACGAAGCCGCUGGCAGACGCGACGGCGUCCGAGGGCCAGCUGGUGGUGCUGGAGUGUCGCGUCAAGGGCUCGCCCGCACCCAAGAUUACGUGGUACCGAGAGGACACCGCUGUGGACGAUUCUCCCGACUUCCGUCUCCUGCAGAAAAAGCCUCGUUCUGUAGCUGAACCUGAGGAGAUCUGCACCCUCAUCAUAUCCGAGGCUUUCCCUGAGGACUCCGGGACGUUCAGGUGCACGGCAAGCAGCAAACUGGGCACGGUGUCCUGCAGCGCCCAGCUCAUUGUCCACGGUGCAACGGACGGAUACAUGAGUAGCAACACAUGUGGGCCAAGUCUGGUUGUUGAAUCCACACACCUGUCCACGUCAGAGUCCAUGUACAUGGACACGCUUCCCCCUCCCAUCUUGGAUUCCUUCAUAUCUGACAUCUCAGCAGAUAAACCGGACAGCACUGUUCAGCUGCCCGCUGCUACCGAAAGCCUCUUCGCCAAUGGCAGAAUGCCCGAUUUCAUCGUUCCGGGGAAAAAAUCUGUCCGAGCCGCAGCCGCCACCUCUUCCUUCAACUCUUCUGCCGAGGCCGCUCUUGCCGAGCUGAGGAGGAGCAUCGAUGAUGUCGCCGCGCCGCCACCGUCAAUGACGACGUCAGUGCCGAUGCCGGCGGUAGCGGCGGUGGCGGCGGCGGCAGCAACAGCGGGAGAUGCAGUUGGUCCGGAGGGCAAGACGAACGCCAAGGCGGGUUUGCGGGUGCACUUCAGACUGCCCGGUGAGGCCCCGCCGGAGGGCUUUGGUGGGGAGCUACCGAGGCCCGGCCAAGGGCUGCCCUCGCCUGUCAAGGAGCCACCGCCGUUGCCCGCCAAACCCAAACUUGAUCCUCUGCAGCUCCAGCAGCUGCACAAUCAGGUACUGUUGGAGCAACAGGAAGCUUUCCUCCUCUCGCACCAUCAACAGCUGCCAUUUCCACCUCCACCGGCGGCUUUCCUGCAGUCCCCGACCACGCCGAGCCAACCUCCUGUAGCAGAGACAGCGGUGCCACCGCCGCCACCAGCCCCACCAGCCCCACCAGGGCCACCAGCGCCACCGGCAACCACGACGGCAAGCAUGAGCCUCGCCAACUCGGCGGCACUGCCGCUAAACCAGCAGCCCAGCCGUGCUUCCGUGGGCCAGCAGUCCUUCAGUUAUGCCAGGCCCAAGCAAUUCAUCGCCGCUCAGAAUUUGACCAGCACCAUCGUGUCCGCGGGGUCUCCUUCUUCAUCUCCUGUCCCGACCAGCCUGAGCCUUUCCCUCCCAGCUCCACCGCCGCCGCCGCCGCAAACCGCUCCGCCGGCAAACAACGCUCACCGGGUGGCUUCCCCGACAUUGUCGUCACCGACAUUCCUGAACAACAGCAACGCGAAAACCGCAGCAGCCUAUUCCCCUCCCAUAGCCAUGUCGCCGCCGCCCCAGUUCUCGGCAGCCAGCCCCACAGCGCCCGCCACCUACCCGGGCUCCCCACUGGCCCAGCCGGGACACACCUGGUCCUCCCUGCCGCAGUCUCCGCAGUCGCCCCCCACUGUCAGCCCGCCGGCCUCUUUCGUGCAGUCCCCGGCCGCCUUCCUGAGCGCACUGCUGCCGUCCCUGCCCUCCCUGCCACCGACCAACGCCAUGGGCCUGCCGAGGGCGGCCCCGUCCACGCAGAUGCAGGGCUCGCUCAAGAGGCAGAGCAGGGGCCCACGCUCCGUCAGCGAAGAUGACAUCCGCGACACGAAGGAUGCCCUCAUCCAGGACCUGGAGAAGAAACUGCGGUUCAAGGAGGACAUAUUGCACAAUGGGCAGUCGAGGCUGACGUAUGAGGAAAAGAUGGCUCGCAGGCUUCUUGGACCAAACAGCACCGCUGUUGUUUUUCAAGCCGACGAGCCCGAAGAGCGUGAUGUCGAGGCACAGGACUUUAAGUCUGUGAUACAGGCAGCCCGGGAGUCUCUUGGUAAACAACAGGAGUACAAAGUCUCGAGCUUUGAGCAAAGGUUGAUGAGCGAGAUCGAGUUCCGCCUGGAGCGGACCCCGGUGGAGGAAUCCGACGACGAGGUCGAGCACGACGACAUCCCCACGGGAAGGUGCAUUGCUCCGAUCUUCGAGCGCAAACUCAAGCACUUCAAGACCUUCGAGGGAAGCCCCAUCACGUUCUCCUGCAAGGUCUCCGGCACCCCGACGCCAAAGAUAUACUGGUUCAAGGAUGGGAAUCAGAUCUCCAAAAAAUCCGAACGCUUCCAAAUGCAGCGAGACUCUGAGGGAAACUGCUCCCUGCACAUCCCUCUCACAACCAUGGAUGACGAUGGCAACUACACCGUCAUGGCUGGAAAUCCACAGGGUCGCAUCAGCUGCUCAGGGCGGUUGAUGGUGCAAAACGUCAACCAGCGAGGCCGGGUGGCACGGAGUCAGUCAGGGCAGCCUGCGGCUAGAAGGCCACGCUCUCAGUCACGGGAGAGCCGGGACGACAGUGACAUGGUCCAGGAGAAGAACUUCCGCCCACACUUCCUGCAGGCUCCUGGAGACACCAUGGCACAUGAGGGCAAGCUUUGUCGUCUCGACUGUAAGGUGAGUGGUCUGCCAACCCCAGAGCUGGCAUGGGAGGUGAACGGACGGCCAGUGCGACCCGAUGCCACGCACAAGAUGCUGGUGCGGGAGAACGGAGUUCACUCGCUCGUCAUCGAGCCUCUGACCGUGCAGGACGGAGGCCUCUACACCUGCACGGCUACCAACCGCGCCGGCCAGAACUCCUUCUCCCUCAAUCUCACCAUUGUCGCCAAGCAGCUGACGCGGGCGCCGGUGAUCGUCGAGAAGCUGCAGAACACGGGGGUCGCCGAGGGCCAGCCCGUGCGGCUCGAGUGCCGUGUGCACAGCAUGCCGCCGCCCACCAUCUUCUGGAAGAAGGAGAACGAGACCCUGAUUCCGCACCGCGAGAGAACCAGCAUGCACCAGGAUCCAUCGGGCUACGUGUGCCUGAUAAUCCAGCCGACCAGAAAGGAGGACGCCGGCUGGUACACGGUCUCGGCGAAGAACAGCGUGGGCAUCACCUCCUGCACCGCUCGUCUUGACAUUUAUGCUGAGUGGCACCACGAGAUCCCAAAGACACGGCGAGUGAGGCCCUCCUCCAGCCGUUACGCGGCUCUCACUGACCAGGGUCUGGACGUGCGGUCAGCCUUCCUGCCAGACCCCAGCCACGCUGGAGCCCAGGGGAAUCUGGUUGAGAGCGACGAGCUGUAAUGGCUCUUGCACCACUGCCAGCAGAUGAGCUCGGUCAGCUCAUCUGCCCAGCGUGCACCACUCAGCCCGGCUGUUUGUCCAUCAUGGGCUCUAUCCUGAUCAACCAUCGUGUCCCUUGCCCGUAUGCACAUACAUGCCCUUGUUUGCCCAUAAUAACUCGUUGCUUUGGGGCCGUGUCAUCGAUCUUAAGGUGAUCUCCUCAAAAGGCAUCAGCCACCAAGUUAAUUAACGUUACGAAUGACAUUCAUGGUAACAAAUAUGAAAUUCAGUGUAAGUAAGAUAAUUGCAUCAUUGAUGUUCUAAAAACAACUACGUUGAUAAUUUGCGUGUUUUCAAAUGCAUUAUUACCUUGUAAUAUUUAAUACGAUACAUUAUAGUACAAUGAAUAUUCAACUGUCACCUAAAUAAACAUCUGCAGCCUUAUGGCAACCAAAUAAAAUUAACAAUUUUAUCAUCUAACAAUUUUAUCAUAAAGUGUCCCAGGUUACUGCUUACUGUUGGGGAAAUGUGUUAGAAGUGGAAAAUCUUUUUUUAUUUAGAUCUUUCUCCAUUUUGAAUAAAAAACAAUAGAAGAAAAAUGUCUGUAUUCAUAAAUGCAUUAUCUGUCACCUGCAUUUUCGAUCUGUCUUCAUGCCCACAGAACCUUAACUCACAAAUAUUGAACACAAGGAAAUAAUUUAAACACUGAAACAACUAGAAUAUAAAGCUUAAUUCAACAGCACUUGCCCCAUUUUUUUACAACUUUGCACAAUUUAAUGCUCGUCAAUUUGACGUAUUUUAAAAAGAAAAUAUGUUUCAAUUAUCAGAUAUAAUACCACAUACUCUUAAUUAAAGAAUUGUAUGUAUCAAGACAUGACAAACAGCUGCAGCCUGGAUGGCACAAAUGCCAUUCAUAUUGGGAGUAAAUGUAUAAUUCACCAAAGGGCACAGAAUCGAGUAUAUUGUGUAUGGCAGGCAAUGCAUAGUCGGGUAAUGUUAAAUAAGCUAGGUAUUAAAAAGUGUGGGCCAAUUUUUACGUGCGACAAUCAGUAUUAAGAGGACAGGCUUAGAAGUGCCUGCGAUGUUCUAAAUUGAUGUUUAGUGUGCACAAACAGUUUUGUUUUGAGCGAGGAUAAUCCAUUAUUUAAAUUCAUACAUAUUCUGAGUACUUAAUUUGGUGUGUCCGUAGCAAUUAAAAUAUUUUGAAAUCGUGGCAAGUAAAGACGAUUACAAGGCCAUAAAUCAGCAGCAAUCUUUGAGUCAAAUUGUAGAACGAGGAAUCGUAAUAGAUCACAGCAUACAGCACCUGGCACAGUCAUUCACAAAGAAUUACUCAUUGGGUUGGCCUUGUCUCUGGAAUUUCCAGGCAAGGGGAUGACUAAGGCCAGAAAACCAGAGAAAAUUACAAAGUGAGAUGGACCAGCGUAUACAUGACAAAUUCAUGUAGAGGAAUUUGUUUAAAUGGUCACCUUCCAAAAACUGACAUUGGCUCCUCAAACUGAUACGUUACAGUGACGGGAACUAAGGUUGUAUUGAGCUCACACUCAUGAUGGUAAGGCUGCUGAUGUACAUGAUGAAAUAGUUUUACUCUUACCCUGUGUAAAAAAAACAUUAUUAAAGACACUGCCAGCUCCUUAAGGUGUUUUUAUCCAAAUGUAAAUCUAUGCCAUGGCAAACAAAACUACGUUUCUAAAGGUUUGAAGCACUGGUCUUAAUGCAGGUAAAAAUGAACAUGCCAGCUGGUGGUUAGUUCUCAUUUCUGUACAGAGGGGUUGUGUCGACGCACAGGUCAUAUAAACGUACAUUUUAUAACCCUUGAGAAAAAUAAUUUCCAUACUGGUAGACCAUUGUAACGUUAUACACCAAAGUGUGAAUUUUCUCAGGUUUGGGGCUAGUAAUCAAUUGGCUAAAUAAAUUGCCAGUGGACAUUCUCAUAUUCAAGUGAAUGUCAUAAAUUCAGUAUUUACCAUGUGCCUGUUAUAAAGCUCUGAAACAUUUUCCAAUGCUAUGUACAGCAGUAGGAUAUAGAGAACAUUAGGUAAUGCAAUAUUAGAUAAAUUGGUAAUUAAACCUUUUUAACAUCAUUUAAGAUAACUUAUUAAAUUAACAUAAUCAACUUAAUGAAAUAACUCUUUAGCAAAUGUAUAAAAUACAAAAAUAUAAUGUCCAGUUUGUCGGAUUUGCUUUUUACAUUGCAUUUCUUAAGAGUCUAUACAUUGUAAUGUUCAUGAAAGCAAUGUUUAAAUCACAAAUAUGACAACUUAAAAUUGCAUUGGUUUAAUUUUGCAUUAAUGAUUUUUACCAGUUUUAUUUUGUGCAAACAUCCAAAUUCAUACAUUUGCAGGUAUAUUGCUAUCCUUUACAUGAUUCCCAUACCAUGUCUGAACAAAGCACACACACACACACACGCUCACACUGACAUGUACACAUACACACUUGCACGCAUUCAUGUGUUUAUUUGUUUAGACUGGAUACUCCUGUUCUUUGAUGGACCCAACAGCAUGGCUAGGCUCCAACGGUGGGGAAUACCACAUGAGUCACUGCACAUGUUAUGAAUUGUUCAGUGUCAAUUGUGGCUGACUAAUAGCAGCAAUUGCAUUGUGGCUCUUACACCCAAGUCACUCACUACACAUACAUUCAUAUUGUGAAUUGAUGACGGUACCUAGUGUUGCAGUGUGUGUCUCAAAAUGACAAACCUUUCCAAAGAACAGCUUGGCCUUGCUAUGGGAUGAGACAACAGAGAUCAGCUUUCAUGUGGGCAGAGAUUUAGCUAGUAGUUGCAUGUUGUAUCAUAAUGUAAUUAACGUUAUUCAUAUUCACAUACGUAUACACAGACCUGCUACUGACUGGCACUGACUGUGCUCAUGUCUUGUGUGCAAUCAAGUAUCCUUCCUUCUACUCGCACCUUCUCUAGAUUUGGUUUAAGGGUAGGAUGUUAAUUGUAGUGUGACCUGAAUGGGAGUAAAACAUGCCCGCGUGAUUUUAUUUACAUUGUCUACACAAUAUGCCAUUGGAACUAUUAAAUUUGUAUCAUUCUAAAGCACUCCUUUAGGAUUUAUUCAGACUUGCUUUGUUUUGUCAUUUGACCUUGAACGGUUUUUUUUUAUGAGGGUGAUGUUUUGUCUGAAUAAUUUUUAAGACCCUGUAUAAAAUGUGGAAAUUCCUAAAUGUACGUGGAACGCUCGAAAUGAAUUGCAGCAGCAUUGACCGGCAACAACGAGGGGGGGUUGGUGGGGGGCAAGCAUUUGCAGGACACCUUUUUUGUUUUUAGAAACGAAGGUAAAGCACCCAUAGAUUGAUUCACGCGGAAGACUGGCGGACCCUUUGAGGCGAUGAGCCGCAGAAAUACACCGUGGCGUGACAAGACACACUUUCGUUUUUAGUGAUCAUUGCCAAAAAGUUGCGGGCGCCUUCACUGGAUUGAGUUGAACGCCUAAGGUGCGUUGCUGAAGGGGUCAGCACAACACGCGGCAAAACAUCAUUACUUGUGGUAACACUAGCACUGCAUUUGUAAGGAUAAAAAAAAAACAUUGGAACCUAUCUAGAUUUAGCUUUAAUGAUUUUUUUUCCCCUUGCAAGAUAUUAAUAUCGGUUUGACAGAUAAGUGUGAAUGAGUUGUCGCAGAAAUGAAAAUAUAUGCAUCGAAAAUUCGCAAGACACCAUUUAUCUGUGUAGUUCAUUGGUUCCAGUGAUUCACCCAAUCGCUUUCACGUCAUGUAAACACGAUAUAUAAGUUAACAUCUUAAAAAACAAACAUAACAUCUAUUUAAAGAACAUACACUAUACAGUAUGUGCUGUAGACCAAAGGGCAGUUGCAAAGUUUUUAGAAUGAGAUAGUCCACUAAAAAAUAUUAACCAACCGAGCAUUAGGUUUGGUGUGAGGUUUUGUGUUUGUUUCUAAUACACAGCAAUAUGAUAAGCUCACAGAGGUUUGUUAUAACUGUAUUGAUUGGAUGAUACAAUUGUGUGUAUGUAUACUUUUCGUAUUUCAUUCUGAAAACUUGUUUUCACUGCCCCUUGCAUCUAUAAUUAUAUCAAAUAGUAAAUUAAUAAUGAAUAGGGACAUUGUAGAGAUACUGGAAGAGCAAGCCUGUUUCUACAUAGACAUUCAUUUUGAAUGGUUAUGUUUUAUUGCGAUGACUAUACACAGGAAAAAGCUCAUGCAUCUGCCACUGUUUUAAUAGUUUACUGUAAUAUUGCAAAAAUGUUUUAUUUUACUGCAUUUAAGAAACCUUUUCUCUGCUGUAUAAAAAAAAUAAAGUAAACAAAAACAUUCAGACCUUUGUAAUUUUGUCAAUUAAAACAUUGUGUUUUUAAAUGUCAUUUAUUUGUAAACAAUUUUGUAAUGGCCACAUAUGACAGUAGAAUGUGAUUGACAAUGUGAUUCAAUGUCCUUUGUAAUGAUUUUUUUAAACUUGCUUCAUUACCUGAAGUGUGUUGACCUCGUGUAUUCAAUUGUGCUGCAGAGAUAACAAUGGGAAAGAUUUGGCCAGGAAUUGGAAAAUGCCAUGCUGUGUGAAACCAUCUGAGUUUAUUUGCAUGUAGAUGUAAUCAAACGUAUCAAUCACAUGUCAUGUACAUGAGCCAAUUUUUUGGCAUUUUAAAAAUCCUACCUGCAUUAGUGUUUUUGUUAAAUGUUUUCAUAAGAACCAUAAUUAGAUGACCUUAUGAAAUAAGUACUCUAAUUAAUUUCUACAAUGUUUUUUUCUCAUUGAACCGAGCAGACAAUACCAUUGCUUCCCACGCAUCCACACCCCCGUGCCCAAGUAGAGAUGUUUAAUUACGUACACCUAUUAUUGUAUGUUUCACCUGUGGGAAGAGAGCUGGAAAUAUCACACGUCUAAGACAACACUCAGAAAUUAUACCACUGCAACUUAUAUUGACUGUAAUAUCUAACUUCUCAUGAAUUAGGUUUCAUAUUUAAUUUUUUAUCUUUCACCAAGCAGAUGCACACAUUUACUUUUCACAUUUUGUUUCUCUCUGUGAUGAACAUUUGUGCACCUCUCCUUAUGUGAAAAUGUUUCGCUGGAAUAUGUUUCUUAGUGUCCAAGACUCGAAGUUCAGUGUUACAUCUGCAGAAAAUAUCCACGUCAUCUUAUUGCCUGCCUCUCAAAUGUCGCCUCACCAGUUUCACAAGCAAUGCCACGGGACAUGCGUCGGCCGACAGCUCCUGUUAAGGGUCGAGAAAUGUCUAGUAGUGGAAGAUGCAGAGGCAGUGUCUGUCGGAAGUUCGUCACGCCAAAGUGUCCAUUGUAUUCAGUAAAGGAACGGAUUGUUUUCUUUUGUUUUAAAAAACAAUAAAGCCCUUCAUCUACAA